UAUGUUCCCGCCCUCUUAGCAUCUCCUUCUCCCCUCUUUCUCUGGGGGAAAAACAAAAGAGAAAAACAACUCUUCCAGACUCUAUAAACCGCGCAAGAAUCAAACCCCCCCCUCAUUCCAACUCAAUUGAUUGAUCCCAAUCUACAGAGUCCAAACAUGGCGAGUCGUGAAUCAAAACCCCCGGUUGUCUGCGUGUUCUGCGGAUCCGUCGAAGGCAACAACCCAAUCCACAUAGAAACCGCACGGCGCCUCGCGCACAUCUUCCACGAGAACAACAUCCAACUCGUCUACGGCGGCGGCACCAAGGGUCUCAUGGGCGAGAUCGCACGCACGCUGGUCUCCCUAUCUGGGCCGAAAGCCGUGCACGGCAUCAUACCGCGCGCCCUGGUCCGGAUCGAACCAGGGUACGACAGCGCCCGAAAACAAGAGAACGAGGAGGAGGACGAGGCAGCAGCAGCAGCAGCAGCAGCAGCGCCGACACCGGGACCAGCGGGCGCGGGCAAAGAAGCCGAACGCAUCGUCAUCUCGAGCAGCAGCAGCAGCAGCAGCAGCCUCGGCGAGUCCGAGUACGGGGUCACGACUAUCGUGGCGGACAUGCAUACGCGGAAGAGACUGAUGGCGGAGAAGGUGUGCGAGGGGGGUCCGGGGUCUGGGUUUGUUGCGUUGGCUGGGGGGUUUGGGACCAUCGAGGAAGUGAUGGAGAUGACGACGUGGAAUCAGUUGGGGAUCCAUCAUUUGGGGGUGGUGUUGUUGAAUGCUGGGGGGUAUUGGGAUGGGCUGUUGGCUUGGGUGAGGAAUGCUGUGGCAGAGGGGUAUAUUGGGAAAGGCAAUGGGGGGAUUCUAGUCGAGGCGAAGGAUGUAGAUGAGGUUUGGCCGAAGUUGGUGCAGUAUCAGGUUAGCAGUGAGCGGAUGGAGUUGAACUGG